CUCCCAAGUAAAUUGUGCUAGAAAAGAAUGGUGUCAAAACCCACGACAGAGAUUUAUCAAUUAUCGCAUUGCCCAAUUUCAGCGUUUCAGCUUCUUCAAUUGUUAUUGGAUUUUUUCAAUCCUGUUUCGGAAAGUUGUAGGAUGCUCAGUUUGAGGCAUUCUGUUGCAAGUAUCAGCAGUAUUGGAUUGCAGUCAGUUGAAUUUAGGAAGAAUAGGUAUCCAUGUCUGGUGGAAUGUGCUGCUAAAGGUCCUCGGCCAAGGUAUCCUCGCGUAUGGAAAACCAAAAAAAAGAUAGGCACCAUUUCAAAGUCCAUAAAGCUUGUUGAAUGUAUCAAGGGAUUAUCAAAUGUGAAAGAGGAAGUAUAUGGUGCUCUUGAUGCCUUCAUCGCCUGGGAACUAGAAUUUCCCUUGAUUACUGUGAAGAAAGCUUUGAAAAGUCUCGAGAAUGAAAAGGAGUGGAAGAGGAUAAUUCAGGUUACAAAAUGGAUGCUAAGCAAAGGGCAAGGAAGAACUAUGGGGAGCUAUUACACUUUACUGAAUGCUCUGGCCGAGGAUGGAAGGCUCGAGGAGGCUGAAGAACUAUGGCAAACGUUGUUUACUCGCAACAUAGAAAGUAUGCCACGCAUGUUCUUUGAGAAGAUGGUUUCCAUCUACUAUCACAGAGAAAUGCAUGAGAAGAUGUUUGAGAUAUUUGCUGACAUGGAAGAGCUCGGUAUCAGGCCAAGCGUGGCAAUUGUGACGAUGGUGGGGGAUGUUUUCAAGAAACUCGACAUGCUGGACAAAUACGAGAAAUUGAACAGGAAGUAUCCUCCACCAAAGUGGGAAUACCAAUAUAUUAAAGGUAAGCGUGUCAAGAUAAGAAGCAAAUAUGCUGAUGAUCAGACUGAAAGCAACAGUGAAGUGAAUAGAGCUGCAAUAGAAGCUGGUAGUGAUGCAGUUGAGCUGCAUGACAAUGCAGAGGUUAGUGGUGAUAAUUGCGAUGAGAAAACUAACUUGUAUCCAACUCAAACAACCCUUGAAGAUUGAUAACUGUAUUUUGUUAAUGGCUAGUUUUGGUAAUCUUUUUCUGUAGUA